AUGGUGGCGAUUAUUGUUACCAGAGGUGGGACUGAAACCCGAGUCUCUGAUCUGCCUCCUCCGCCUCAGAACACUCCCGGGCGCCAGGAUAUGGCUGUGCGCCAGUUGAACUGGAGGGGCGCCUUCGGAGCCCUGGACAAGGGCUGUUGUUUCGAGGACGAUGAGAACGGAGUGCCGGCCGGUGCGCUGCUGCCUGGAACCGAGGGCGGGGACGUGCGCGAGGCCACCCGCGACCUACUGAGCUUCAUCGACUCGGCGUCCAGCAACAUCAAGCUGGCGCUGGACAAGCCCGGCAAGUCCAAGCGCAAGGUGAACCACCGCAAGUACCUGCAGAAGCAGAUCAAGCGCUGCAGCGGCCUCAUGGGCGCCGCGCCCCCGGGACCGCCCCCCGGGAAUCUACUGUCCCCCGAGCCCUGGAGCGCCCAGAGCUGCCCCCCCGCCAAGAAGCCGCCCCUGGCUGCGUCCCCCGGAGGCUUGACCUUGAACGAGGCCUUGCGCCCCCUGUACCCCGCCGCGGCGGACUCUCCCGGGGUGGAGGACGGGCCGGGCCCUGUGGCCUCUUUCGCCCCCUUCUUUCCAGACUGCGCGCUGCCGCAGCCGCACCACCAGGUGCCCUACGACUACGGCACGGGCUACACCCGCGCGCCCUUCUCUAGCCUUUGGCGACCGGACGGGGUUUGGGAUGGGGCGCCGGGGGAGGAAGGGGUGCACCGGGACUGACCGCGAGGUGCCCUGCCCUCCCCGAGAGACUGCAGGGGUCGCGCCCUGUCCCGGCCUCUGCUGAGCCUAGAGAACGACGGGAAAUGCACGCGAAGAUGAAACCGGCAAUGCAGAAGUCAGUGAA